AUGGUCAGGCUUCAGGUGAUUGUCAUUUCCCCCACCGCCUUCAUACUGGCAUACCAGAACCCAAAUAUCACUGGGGCUACCAGCACAGUACCGGCCAACCAAUUGUUAUAUGAUGAUACCAAAGUCCGGAAGUUUCUCCACAUCACCAAGCCAAAGAAUACCCUUUCUCAAGUUUCCGAUGAAAUUGUCAACCGAUUCUUUAAAUUAUACCCCGGUGAUGAAACUUUGGAUAUCAAUCGUCUCCAGGAUGGUCAAGGUUGGGAUUUAGAUCCAGAAUACCAUGUCGAAGACGUGUAUCCUAGUGGAUCAACCGAUAAUGUGGUCAAAGUGAUAUUAAACAAUGAAUUAGAAAGUAUUGAUCCGUAUUUCGAAACAAUUUUACCUAACAGCUCCCAACUUUUAUUGAUGAAUGGAUCUAAUUCGGCCAGCGUAACUGCUGCUGCCAAUGCCACUAAUACUAGCGCCAAUGAUAGUCUUGCUAUGAUACCUUCGUUCAAACGUGCUGCAGAUGAUAACUCAUCGAUGUCAUUACCAAAGCGCAAGAGACGUAACACUUCAAUUUGGAACCGUACGGUCCAUAGUAAUAAUAAUAACUUUUCAUUCACUAAUGGUUUGUCAAUGGGAGAAAGUACCCCAAUUGGGAAGAAUUCAAGAGCACGCAGAACAACCAUUGCUGUCAAGCCUUUAGAGCCAAAACUGUCCGAACUUACUGCCACCGAGACUCCUCUAAAAUCUACUGGUGCGCGCCCUACUUUAGGAUCAAGACUUCGUGAAUCAAUAAAUGGUGAUACCUCUUUUGAUAAGUCCACUUCCGGUGAUACUUUGAACUCGCCAAAAGUAGCAGUUCCUACAGUGAAUAAGAAAUCCACUCCUAAGAAAUCCACUCCUAAGAAACCUGCUCAAAAGGAAUCUACUCCAAAACAAACUACCCUUAAUGAAAAGGAUGAGACUGUGAAAUCAUCGAAGAUAAAUGAGAAAGAUGUUAAAUCUCCAUCAAUCAAGAAAAAUGCUUUGGUAGCACCACAAGAACAGGAACUCGGUGGUUCAGGUGGCACUGAGGUGGUAUCGGGGGUAAAUAAUGAGUUCGUUAAGUUAGACACUUCGGACAGGCAGGAAAAGAAUGCCAGAAAGACUAGAGAGACUGUGCGAAACACAAAGAAAGUGGCAAAGGCUGUAGAAACUCCUCAAGAAAGGGAAAAGAAAGAAGUGAUUCCAGUUGCCAAAUCCCAGCAAAAAAAACCAGAGCCAAUUUCUGUCAAGGAAGCUGAUCAAGUAUCCAAAAAUGCCGCAAAAGCUGAGUCUUCGGUCAGUGACAAUGAAGAACUGAGUUCCGAAGAAGAGAGCGAUGAUGAUAGUACUAGCUCUGAGAGUGAAUCUCUGGAUGAAGAGGAUGAUAAGACCAAUGACACUGCCAGUAAACCUGGUCCAAAAUUACCAGCUAAUAAAUCUGCAAACAAGCCUGCUCCAAAAUUUCCAGCCAAGAAAGUUACGAAUACUAAGAAACCUGUAAAGGAGCCAGAAGUUCACAUCAAACAGGAAUUCACCGAAAGAGAGUUACCAUCAAGCAGUCAAUCAAGCACCAGUGAGACCAGCAAAGAAAGCACCUACAGCUCCAGUGGUUCAAGUGAUUCUGGUUCACAAAGUGACAAAGCAAAGCUUGAACUGGCAGCCAAUAAGCCUGCUGCAAAGAAAACGCAGGUGAAAUCAGAACAUAAAGAAACUAAAAUCAAGGCAGUGGAAGCUACAAAGAAAGCUGAACCUACUAAAGCGACCAAGGCUACUAAAGCUGAGAUCAAGAAGAUGGAGGCUGAGAAAGCUGAGCCUGCUAAAGCUACCAAAUCCGAGCCUGUGAAAGAUCUAGUAAAAAAAAAUGCUGCAGCUGAAGCGAACAAACCCGUUAAACAGAAGAAGCAGGUAAAGUCAUCGCAAAAUAAAGAAAUGAAAGCUUUUACGGUACCAAUCACUAUCAAUGAUGUUCCAAAAUUCACAAAGAACACCCGUCCAGUGGAGGUUCUUAACAAGUUCUUGAAGACUCUUGUUAUUGAACCAGUUUCUGGCGAACCAUUAGGGGCCCCUGCUCGUUGCAAAGACUGCGCCAUUCGAAAACGUCGUUGUUCUCGUCACUUGCCAAAAUGUUUGUUUUGCUUUGCCGCUCGUGACGGAAGAAAAUGUGAAUACGAUAUCCCAGAAGAGUAUAAGAAAUUUAUUGAACAAGGGAAACCAACAAUGGAAAAUGCCCCUGAAACUGCGAGACUGAGCACCGUUAUGGAAAAAGAAGUGAACCCCUCCUCCGCUAAACUGAAUGAGGCUACCAAAUCUCAGAAAGAAAAAACAGGCCAAGAUGUUCCUGCAGAUGUUAAGAAAGUUGAUAGUAGUGACGCUAAAGCUUCUGGUGAAUCCAAACUUAGUGAUUCAGAAUCCAAUAAAGUUGCAUCUCAAAAACCACAGGAUGAUCGCGCAGUAAAAAAAGCAACUCUUGACUCUAGAAUCACUACAAAGCAGAAAACAAAACCUGCAGUGACUUCCAAAGAGAAACCAACUGCCACUUCAAAAGAGAAACCAACUGACGAGAAAGUAAGUGAUGCUAAAACUGAGACCAAUGAUAGAGAUACCUUAAUAUUACCUACUGAAGAUGGUAAUAUCAAUGUUGGUAAUGUCGAAGUUUCUGUGAAAGACGAAGAUUACGUUUUCAAUCUUGUUCGUAAACCUAAGAAAGCUGCGGUUGAUCCGGCUGAAAAAGAGUUGAAAGAAUUUAUGGAACGUAAUAAUCUUCAAUUUGGGCAACGGGUUUCCAAGGAAGAAAUCAAAGGGAUGUUCCGUAACAAUAUGAGGAUUCCUGCUAGUUUGCGUCAAAAUCGUAAACCACUAGUGAGCAGAAUUGAAAAAGAUCGUGGGGCUAACACUGUUACCGGUAAGCGUGCCGCGGCUCAAAGAGCCACCCAAAAGAUUGCUGGUUUGUGGAAUAAGAAUGGCACGAAAGAAGGUAAUGGCACAGUUACUUUGGCCAAUGGUACCAGUCAAAAAAUAACAUUGGAGAGUGAUGAAGAGAGUGAUGUGGAUAUGCCACCAACAAAUGUCAGGUUGAAAGAGUCUGUUAUUGGGUCUCGUGAAGUCACUCCACAAGCUGAAGUUAUCCAACAAGCUGAAGCUAAGGAAGAAAGUGAGAGUAGUAGUGGUAGCGACAGUGAUAGUGAUAGUGAUAGUGGAAGUGAUAGUGAUAGUGAUAGCGGAAGUGAAAGCGAAAGUGGUAGUGGCUCUAUCCCAGAUGUUUCCAAGGUGCAAAUAAAAGCAUCACAAGAUGUCAAAGUGAAGAAGUACGGAAACCAACCGACAACAAAGCCUGUGGCUUCCAAUCCAAAAAAGACUUCUGCCGCCACAACUGCUAGUCCAAAAUCUGAAAGUGGUAAUAAAUUCUCUAGACUCCGUGAAAAUUUGGCGAAUAUUCGUAAAGGUGACGAUGAUACUGCCGUUACUGCCGUUACAAAGCCAAACGGGAAAAAACCAGCUGAGAAAAAACCAAUUGAGGUGAAAAAGAAUGAGGAUAUCAAAAUGAAGGGAGCUGAUGGUGAUAAGAAAGUUUCUCCACCGUUGGGAAAAACGGGCGAGACAGAAAAGACUAUUACAAACCAACCUAAGGUGAGUAAAUCUCAACCUGAAGCUGUGAAAUCCUUCUCUGCCGCGAAGCCAAUGGAGGUAGACGAAAAAACCGAUGUCUCGAGUGAGUCUUCCGAUGGCGAAUCCUCAAGCGAAGAGAGCUCUAGCUCCGAUGGUUCUGAUAGCAAUGAUAGUAGUGAUAGCGACUCGGAAGACGAAUCACCAAAGCCUCAGAAACCAUUGGCAACCUCAACCCAAGCUUUAGAACCUUUUGCAACCUCGACCCAGGUGCCUGAAGUUUCUAAUAAUGAUGAUGAUGAUGAUGAUGAAAAGGAACCAGCCACCACAAAACUUCAAAAUAUAAAGAAGCAGGAAAAUGCUUUGAAACCAGUUACUGAUCCAGUGACGUCUUCAUCGUUGUCUUCUUCUUCUUCUACUGCUGAUCGUCUGUCCUUUAUGGCUCAUAAGUUCACCAGUUUGGAUAAACCGAUCCCACGUCUUAGCAAUGUCAGUAGCCGUAGAUUGACAUCACUCCUGACCCUUAAAACAAGAGGAGUUCCUGCGGUGAGAGAAAACUCUAGAGAAACAGAAACCACUGUGCUCAAUUCUACUACUAAACCAAAGGCAAAGUUAUCAUUUUUCCCAAGUACACCAAAAGAUGGUGAAGAUUCGGAUGAAAGUAGUAGCAGCAGUAGUAGUAGUAGUGGUAGUGAUUCUGAUUCCGAUAGCGAUAGAGGCAGUGGAAGUGAUAGUGAUAGUGAUAGUAGUGAUAGUGAUAGUGAUAGUGAUAGUGAUAGUGAUAGUGAUAGUGAUAGUGAUAAGGAAGAAGAUAAAAGACCGGUGGGGAAAAAGAAAAGCUCGUUCAUCAAUACCAAGGCGGCCUCGGCCUACAAAGUCAAUACUAAAAAGAAGGGCAGAAAGUCUGGAGGGUUCUUUGAUUUGUAUUGA